AUGGCUUCUCACAUCGAACCCUCAUCUGUCACCAUCGUCGGGGCUGGUCCCUGCGGAUGUGCCUUUGCCGCUGACCUGGCCAGCCGGGGCAAGUCUGUCAUGCUCUACGGCCACCCUGACCACCGCGGUGCUAUCCCCAUGAUCGAGAAGAACGGCGGCUGGCUGACGGCCAGCGGCGAGGUCAGCGGAGACUACCAGAUCCAGACCACCAGCGAUCUGUAUCUCGCCAUCCGACACUCUUCCUUCAUCGUCACCACCGUCCCCUCGUACGGCCAGGAUGACAUUCUCACCGUCCUCAGCCAGUUCGACCUGCGCAACCACACCCUCAUCAUCAAUGUCGGCAACUUCUUCUACCUCUCCGCCCGCCAGAAGGUCAACGCCUACGCCAUCCUCGAAACCGACAUCUCCCCCUACGCCACCCGCAUCACCGGCGACCAAGUCUUCGUCAAGGGCUGCAAGAAGAGUCUCGCCAUCUGGGCCGAGCCCCCCACCACCCAGAUCGAGCGCCACAACCACCAGGCCGAGCUCGCCCUCCGCCGCCAGGUCGAGUCCAUCUUCUCCCAGAACCUCGUCUGGUGCCAGUCCCUCCUUCAAGUCGGCCUCAACAACAUCAACCCCGUCGUGCACUGCCCGGCCGCCCUCAUGAACGCAGGAUGGAUCGAAGCCACCAAGGGCGACUUCUACUUCUACGCACAGGGCAUGUCGCCCGCCGUCUCGCGCGUCACCGAAAAGGUCGACGCAGAACGCAUGGCCAUCGGGCGCGCCUACGGCUUCGACCUCGUCGAUGUCACCACCUACAUGAACCAGAACUACACCCACGACCAAGCCUACGGCAACUACCACGACUUUGCCAGCACCUCCGUCGUCCACAACAAGACCAAGAGUGCCCCGACUAGCAUGAAGCACCGCUACCUCCUCGAGGACAUCCUCUACGGUAUGGUCCCCUGGUACGAGCUCGGUCUGAAGUGCGGUCUGCCAUCGCCGACCAUCCGAUCCCUCAUCGAGAUGGCCUCGGUCGUUAGCGGCUUCGACUACCUCGAGCAUGGUCGCAGUCUGAGAUCCGCGGGACUCGGUGAGGCUACCAAGGAGCAGGUUCUGAUGGCACUGGGUGGACCCGUCAACGAUGCUCCCGCCGUGUUGGCGCCUCUGUCAGAUGCUCAUCUGAACACGCUGGAAUCGCAUGCUCCACUGCAGAAGCCUCAGGUUGCUGCUUAGGCUUGGUCCCC